GUUUUACACAGCGUUGUGAUUGGUCAUCAGUGGUACAUCUGCAUGGUGAUUGCUGGAAAAAUACAAAAUUUACUGAGUGCAGAGACAGAGAAGCAUCAUUACCUGAAGCAGAGGUUCAGAGCUGGUUCUCCUGCUGUUGGCCGAGCUGAGUGCUGCUGCAAGGCUUCAGUGAAAACAUGAUGAGGAACAUUUGCAUCUUCGUCUCCCUGCUGUUCAUCGUUCCUGUCUGUGGGCAGCAAUCAGGCCUCAGAAGCGUCAGUUUUAUGUAUUAUGAGGAAGACAAGACCUGGAAAGAAGCUCAGUCUUUCUGUAGAGAGAAGCACACUGACCUGGCGACUAUCAGAAGUGAAGAAGAGAAUCAGCUGAUUCGUGAAAACCAGGGCUGGAUCGGACUGUAUCGAGAGGAUGCGAACAGUCCAUGGAAAUGGUCCAGAGGAGACAAGAAUGCAACCUUCUUUAAUUGGGACAAUAACGAACCAAAUAACGAAAAAGACGAACUCUGUGUUGUAACGUGGAAUAAAGAUGACUGGAAAAAUGACAACUGUUGGAAGAAAUAUAAUUUCCUGUGUUAUGAUGAGAAUCUGGUUCUGGUGACGGAGAACAAGACGUGGGAGGAGGCGUUAGACCACUGCAGGUCUCUGGGGGGAGAGGACUCAGAGAACCCAGACUCUGUGUCCUGGAAGCCCAGCUACGACCUGGCCACCCUGAUCACUGAAGAUGAUCAUGACUACGCACAAGAGAGAGCACAACAGGCGACCACUGAUGAGGUGUGGACGGGCCUGCGUUUCCUGGGUGACGGCUGGUUCUGGGUGGGUGGAGAACCGGUGCAGUACCAGGAUAUUCCAAGCUGCCCGGCUUACGGCUGUGGUGUCCUGGAGAAGAACAGCAACACAUCCUUUGGGCUCAGAGCCUGCAGUCAGAGAAGAAACUUCUUCUGUUACAAGAGGCCUGAAAACAACUGAAAGCCACUGGGCUCAUCUAUCAGCUGCUUCUCCCUGCUGUUAAUAACAACACCAGGAGUUUAGAAACACUGCUGGAAUCUCUGCAGCUCAUCCACAAGUAAACACUCUUCAUUGCUGCUGCUUGACUGCUGUCAUUGCUUUUCUGAUAAAGAAUAAAACUGCGAGAAUAAUACAAACUUAAAUAUGGAAUAACCCAGUCAGCUGUUCAUUGCACAUAAAAACAAUGGACAUCCCCCCUGCAGUGAUCCCCGCCCGUCAUGGACAAAGCUUCUCAUGGAGUAUGACCGGAACAAACCUCUCGCUUCUCGCAGAAUAUGUAAGAAGCUUAAGAGCUAAAUGUUCCUCUGCUGCCACCUUCAGGAGUCUGACAGUAACUGCAGCAUGUUUGUUUAUCUCAGUAAAGCAGCAACAAUGAAGAACCUUUACUUAGUGAAUGUUCCACAUAACUACUCUGCUUCACAUCACUGGAAACACACUCAGAUGUACAAACACAUAUUUUCAUAAGAAGUUUGAAGUUAGACAGUAAAACAGAUCAGUGAUAGAUCAGUAGAGUCUGUCCUUUACUGAUUAGAUGAGGACAGUUAAAAUAGUUGAAAAUCUAUUUCAGUGUGUGAACAUCUGGUGGUUUUUAUUAAAACAUGAACAGCAGGUAAAAGCAGGUAAAAUACGACACCAGUGGAUUAUAAUACAUUUACUGGAGUAGAAAUUUAAAGUGUGUCUUUAACUUUCCAGUUCAUCACCAUACUUGUCUACCACAGUUCAGAGGGAAAUUCUGUAAUCUGUUCGUGUUUCGUUUAAAUGUUAUGAUUUUUUUUCUUUGUAAUAUUAGGUUUUACAUUCAUAUUUGUAAUUAGAUUAUUUAGCUGUUCAUUUAUGAAGUAGUUAAGUGUGAAACACUUUGGAUGAUUUGAUAACGUUUUAUUCUGAUUUUUUUCAUCAUACUUUAAUCUACAUUUUUUUUUUUUUUUUUAGAUUUAAGUGAAAACUCUUUUGCACUGAAUCAGAUAUAAAACCUUCAUCCUGAGCUACGGUGUUCAGGUCAAGGUCAUCUGAUUUGGUUCUUCUCUUCAGGAAUUGUUGGGAGUUUGGUAAAGUGAUGGAAAACUGGAUGUGAAUCCUGUUGGAUUCAUCUUUCCGCUUUCAUCCUUAGUCAGGGAUGAUGUGAUUUUUGUUGGCCUUCGAUCUCUGAAGAGAUGGAACCUUUUUUUUAACGUUUAACCCAUAAGUUUAUUUUUUGGGAUGUUAACUUAUUUCAAUUUCUGCUGCUUGUGAUAAAGCUGGAAAGAAUUUCCUUGUGGAAAACUAAUGAGAAUAAACCUUCCUUUAUCCUUCUUUUUAAUCCUACUUUUUCUAGCAGAAGAAAUUUUGCUUAAAGGUGCAGUGUGUAACAAAAUCCAAGGUAAAUGACAGAAAAAUUUAAUAUAUUAAAAACUGUGUUUGUAUUGUUUGUAUCUAAUCAUUUUACUAAAUUAGCUUAUGUUUUGUCUUAGAGCAAGCCAUUUAUAUCUACUUGUUGUGGGUCCACAUACAAGGCAGCUGUGUACUACGGAGUUUCUGGAUGGACAAACUCCUCUUGAAAACUGCAGUACCAGCUUUGUUUGAAAGGUGCUGGAGUACCGUUUAGAAUAAGUGACACCAAAAAGGACCAUAGAAAAAGACAGUACAUACGUAUAUGAUUUCGAAGUACUUACUGUGGCCUAUUGCACAAAAGAUUAAGUCGGGAUAUGUUGGUCAUCUGGAUCAACUUAUCCAUGAUAUUGUUACAUAAAGGCGGGGUACAGGAAAGUGGGGUGGUUAUGUCAUAAAUUACGAAGGAGAUUUAUUCUGUGAGCCUUGCCUGCUAAGUUCCAGGAUUUAUUUAAUCUCACCUGUUAUUACAGCCAGCAGUCACUACAAAUGGAAACCAAUAUUUAUUUGAUUGUCCGCUACACAUUAUCACAUUCAACUAGAU